CAAAUCUUAGAUAACUAGCUAACAAUAAGUGCGUCUAUCCCAGUUUUAAAAAUAACUUUUGGUGAUACGCCAACUGAUGAACUGUCUGUUAUUGCACUUGUAUAUCGUCCUCAAGCAAGAAUUCACUUGAAUGGAGCCCAUCUCCAAUUGCACCGAGGCUGUGACUUCGGUUUUCGUCAAACUGCUGCAAAACGAGACCAAAAAUGGGCACUUGGACCAGUUUGUCAAGGGCUUGGGACGCAUGUUCUACAUCAUAGACCCUUCGGAUACCACGUUCAAGGACCAGGUGCCGAACUUUUACAGAAAUGCGUGGCCCUACUUUCUCCUCUUCAUUCUGAUCGAAAAUCUGGUCCUUUAUCUGGAUAAGAAGCCAACGUUUCGCCUAAAUGACGGCUUGACAAGUCUAUCACACGGCUUAGUGCAAGAAUGCGGAAGACUAAUAUUCCGGGGCGCUGAAAGCUACGCUUAUGUGUAUCUUUACGAAAACUUCCGGAUUGUGGAAUUACGCUGGGAUCAGGCGAGUACAUGGUACUUGGCCGCCGUCGGAGUGGAUUUCUGCUAUUAUUGGGUGCAUCGAGCUUGCCAUGAGGUGCACAUCCUCUGGGCCCAGCACCAGGUCCACCACAGCUCGGAGGAGUUCAACCUCGCUGUAGGCCUCCGGCAAAGCCUCCUCCAAGGCUGGUGCGGCUUUAUAUUUUAUUUGCCUCUGGCUUUCGCCAUUCCUCCGACGCAUUUCCUCACCCACCAGCAAUUCAAUUUGCUUUAUCAAUUCUGGAUACAUACCAAGGCUGUUAAGACGCUAGGACCGUUGGAAUUUUUUUUUAAUACGCCGCAGCAUCAUCGAGUUCAUCACGGUGCUAAUAUUUGGUGCCUCGAUAAAAAUUACGGCGGGGUUUUGAUUAUUUGGGACCGGAUUUUUGGGACGUUUGCUGAAGAAAGGAAAAAUGAAGAGAUUGUCUAUGGUUUGGUUUUCAAUCAACCGUCUUUCAAUAUUUUACAUUUACAAACUUUUUAUACAGCGUAUGUUUUGCAACGAUUUCGGGAAAUGAACUGUUGGCGGCAUAAGUUGGCUGCGAUUUUUUAUGGGCCGAGUUGGCAGCCUGGAAGGCCGAGAUUAGGAGUAGAUGAGGAUAAGUUCAAAGUAGUUCCCCGGCAGAAAUACGACGUGAAAUUGCCGCUCUGGUGUAAUAUCUACCUCUUGGUCCACUUCUGCAUCGUCGUUUACGGCUUUCAAGAAUUAGCAAGUCGCCAUUUGGUCCUCAACCCCGUCACAGUCCUAGCGUUCGUUAUCUACAUCAUUGCAUCGCUCACGUCAAUAGGACUGUUGUUCGACAAUGCGCCCUACGCCUGCAUUAUGGAGCUCUUCCGGUGCAUGGUCCUCGUUACCGCCCUACAAAAGCUGGAAUUUAAGGAUGUGGAUAAUGGGGUGUUGGUCGGCUGUGAGGCGCUUUUUGUCCUCUCGGGACUCUUCUGGCUGCUGCAGAGCGUCAAAGUUCUGCAAAUCAAGGAGAUUUAGUGACUGAUUUUUGUGAUAUUUGUUAAGUUUUUCAAGUAUUAUUUAUAUAAAUGUGUGAAUAAAUGAGUGAAAAUUA